GGGUCCCGGGGGGCUGGGAGCCGGGGCAGCUGAGGCCACAGGGCUGAGAGCACCAUGCCGCAUGGAUAUGUGCGUGUGUGCGUGCAUGUGGGUGUGUUUGACCAAGAUUUUCUCUGUGUAUAGGAGCAGGAGGCUGUCUGCAUGUGUAUAUUCUUGGUGUGAGUCUCUCUGCUCGUGUGUGUGUCUGGGGAGGGUUGAGCAUGCGAGUUUCUGAGUGUAUGUAAGUGUCUGGGUAGGUUGUAUGGGUUUAUGUGUGUCUUUGGGGUGGGUGUUUGUGUGUUUGUGGGGGGUUGUGUGGUUGUGCAUGUGUGGCGGGAAGGGCAGCUCCUGUGGUUCUGAGUGUAGGAUGUUCUCCCCACCCCUUCAGUCACUUUUCUCCACACAGACCCCCUCCUGGAGCAGCUUUGGGGGACCCGAGCAUCAAGAGAUGAGCUUCCUAGAGCAAGGAGACAGCACUUCAUGGCCAUCACCAGCCAUGACCACCAGCGCAGAAAUAAGCCUUGGGGGACAAGGGACCAAGGUCUCAAGAUGGACAAGCCAGGAGGCUGUAGAGGAAGGGGAGCUCCCAGGCCUGAAGGGAGGUCCCCAGUCCAGGCCAGCUGCUGAGUCCACCAGGCUGGAGGCCACAUUCCCCAAGGCCACACCCUUGGCCCAAGCCACUCCCUCGUCCGGGGUGGGCACCCCCACAACAGAGCGAGACAGCCUCCCCCCUGACUGUUCAGCCUCUGCUUCUGGCUCCAGCACAGAUGAUCUGGAUCUGGGCAUAGAGUUCUCAGCCCCAGAAGCGUGGGGGAAUGAGCUCGGCCUGGUGGAAGAGAGGCCGGCCCAGUGCCCGUCCCCGCAGGUGCCGGUACUCAGGCUGGGCUGGGACGACGAGCUGCGGAAGCCGGGGGCCCAGAUCUACAUGCACUUCAUGCAGGAGCACACCUGCUACGAUGCCAUGGCAACCAGCUCCAAGCUAGUCAUCUUCGACACCAUGCUACAGAUCAAGAAGGCCUUCUUUGCCCUGGUGGCCAACGGCGUUCGGGCCGCACCUCUUUGGGACAGCAAGAAGCAGAGCUUUGUGGGGAUGCUGACUAUCACAGACUUCAUCUUGGUUCUGCAUCGCUAUUACCGGUCCCCCCUGGUCCAGAUCUAUGAGAUUGAAGAACACAAGAUUGAGACCUGGAGGGAGAUCUACCUUCAAGGCUGCUUCAAGCCUCUGGUCUCCAUCUCUCCCAGUGACAGCCUGUUUGAAGCUGUCUACACCCUCAUCAAGAACCGUAUCCACCGCCUGCCAGUCCUGGACCCAGUCUCAGGCGCCGUGCUGCACAUCCUCACACACAAACGGCUUCUCAAGUUCCUGCACAUUUUUCAGGGCACCCUGCUGCCCCGGCCCUCCUUCCUCUCUCGCACCAUCCAAGAUCUGGGCAUCGGCACAUUCCGAGACUUGGCUGUGGUGCUGGAAACGGCACCCAUCCUCACUGCGCUGGACAUCUUUGUGGACCGGCGUGUGUCUGCGCUGCCAGUGAUCAACGAAGCUGGACAGGUCGUGGGCCUCUACUCCCGCUUUGAUGUGAUUCACCUGGCAGCCCAACAAAUGUACAACCACCUGGACAUAAGUGUGGGAGAAGCCCUGAGGCGGAGGACGCUGUGUCUGGAGGGAGUCCUUUCCUGCCAGCCCCACGAGACCUUGGGGGAAGUCAUCGACCGGAUUGCCCGGGAGCAGGUGCAUCGGCUGGUGCUUGUGGACGAAACCCAGCACCUGCUGGGCGUGGUGUCCCUCUCCGACAUCCUUCAAGCUCUAGUGCUCAGCCCCGCUGGCAUCGACGCCCUCGGGGCCUGAGAACAUGGCAGUCUUCACUCUUGGGCCACCUUCCACACCUGGAAGCAGUGAAGGGAGCCGGGGACUCGGCCUUCACCUCCCCCACCCCCUUUUGUGGGUUCCGCUCUUGUUCAGGCUUCCCUAGCCCUCCCCAAUUGCCCCCUGCCCUGCCUGUGCUCCCAGAAGCCCUCAGGAAUGCCCGGUCCACCGUGAAUGAUGAAAUUAAAGAGAACAGCUGAGUCAAGCCCAGAGGCACUAGGAGCUGACUGCUCCGUGCCACCCACACUGCUCUCCCCCACCUGGCCCCAGUGGGGUGGGGAGCCCUCAGUCAGGGGCUCUGGAGCUCAGGCAGGGGCUCUGGAUUCCUCCGCUUCUGGAUUACCUGGCAUCAAGCCCCCAGCUCCUGGAAUCCUAGUUGUGCUUCCCCCAUGCACGCUGACCUGGCGGUUCCUCCUGACUUUGUCACUGUCCUCCUGCUCCCCCAGAACUGCAUUUCAGGGCUGCCUGCAGGGCCCCACAGAGCAGCAGCUUUGUAGAGCUGCCGGUUGGAGUGGGGUUCCUUCUCCAUUCUCAACCUUGGCUCUCACCAUCGAGCAGUGUGCCCAGUCCCCAGGGAGGGCCUGCAUUUGGAUCACCGAAGAUGAACCAUCGAGACAACAAAAAGGAAACGAACAGCCCAUGAACUCAGAUUUUAUCCUUUUCACUCAGAAAAUGCUAUGGUCAUCUGAUCUGAACUCGUGGCAAGACUCCCCCGCCAUCCUUUCUGAAUUCAAAGACACAAAGGAAAAUCUGUAAUUGACAAACACUGCAAGUGGUGUUUCUGUUGCUUAUGGAGUGUUAUUCCACCGAAAAGUCUUUUUCAUCAUUUGUUUAUAACAAAACGAUAAAGAAAAUGUUACUUACGUACUGGGUACAAUUCAGAAUCCGAACUCUAACCUGUAAGAAACAUAUAGUUUUUCUAACA